AUGGCCCUUCGCAACAUCAAGAACCUUGCUCCUCUCCUGGACCGUGUCCUGGUCCAGCGCAUCAAGCCGGAGACCAAGACCGCCUCCGGUAUCUUCCUCCCUGAGAGCAGCGUGAAGGAAAUCAACCAGGCCAAGGUCCUCGCUGUUGGACCUGGUGCUCUGGACAAGAAUGGCAACAAGAUCCCCAUGAACGUGGCUCCUGGCGACAAGGUGUUGAUUCCUCAGUUUGGUGGCACCCCCGUCAAGGUUGGCGAGGAGGAGUACACCUUGUUCCGGGAUUCUGAGAUCCUAGCCAAGAUCAACGAGUAA